AUGGUGCUCGAUUUGGACCUGUUUCGGACCGACAAAGGCGGCGAUCCAGAAGUCGUCCGUGAGACUCAGAGGAAGAGGUUUAAAGAUGUUACACUCGUGGAUAAACUGGUCGCCGCGGACACAGAGUGGAGAAAAUGCCGCUUCACUGCAGACAACCUCAACAAGGCAAAGAACCUCUGCAGCAAAAGUAUUGGGGAAAAGAUGAAGAAGAAGGAACCAGUCGGGGAGGAUGACUCUUUACCUGAUGAAGCACAGAACCUGGAGUCCCUAACAGCUGAAACACUAUCGGCCCUGACAGUAACCCAGAUCAAGAAGGUGCGUCUCUUGGUGGAAGAGGCUGUGGAGAAGACGGACAGCGAGAGGACAAAGCUGGAGGCAGAACGCUUCGAGUACCUUAGAGAAAUAGGCAACCUCCUGCAUCCAUCUGUGCCCAUCAGCAACGAUGAGGAUGCAGACAACAAGGUGGAGCGCACCUGGGGCGACUGUAGCGCCCAGAAGAAGUACUCGCACGUUGACCUGGUGGUCAUGAUCGACGGGUUUGAUGGAGAAAAGGGAGCGGUGGUGGCUGGGAGCAGAGGCUACUUCUUGAAGGGGCCUCUGGUGUUCCUGGAGCAGGCCCUCAUCAAUUACGCCCUGAGGAUCCUCCACAGCAAGAAUUACACCAUGCUCUACACACCCUUCUUCAUGAGGAAAGAGGUCAUGCAGGAAGUCGCCCAGCUCAGCCAGUUUGACGAAGAGCUUUACAAGGUGAUCGGUAAAGGCAGCGAGAAGUCAGACGACAACUCCAUCGACGAGAAAUACCUCAUCGCCACCUCAGAGCAGCCGAUCGCAGCCUUCCUGAGGGAAGAGUGGCUCAAACCCGAGGACCUGCCGAUCCGCUACGCCGGCAUCUCCACCUGCUUCAGACAGGAAGUGGGCUCCCACGGCCGAGACACCCGUGGGAUCUUCAGGGUGCACCAGUUUGAGAAGAUCGAGCAGUUUGUUUAUUCCUCUCCCCACGACAACAAAUCCUGGGAGAUGUUCGACGAGAUGAUCGGGACGGCAGAGGAGUUCUACCAGUCGCUAGGGAUUCCUUACCGCAUCGUCAACAUUGUUUCUGGUGCCCUGAAUCAUGCAGCCAGUAAGAAGCUGGACCUGGAGGCCUGGUUCCCCGGCUCCGGUGCUUUCAGAGAGCUGGUCUCCUGCUCCAACUGCACCGACUACCAGGCCCGACGCCUCCGCAUUCGCUACGGACAGACCAAGAAGAUGAUGGACAAGGCAGAGUUUGUCCACAUGUUGAACGCAACCAUGUGUGCCACCACGCGUGUGAUGUGUGCCAUCUUGGAGAAUUACCAGACUGAAGACGGCAUCGUCAUUCCAGAGAAGCUCAGGGACUUCAUGCCCCCUGGUCUGACAGAGAUGAUAAAGUUUGUGAAGCCCGCCCCCAUCGAUCAGGAGAUGAGCAAGAAGGCAAAGAAGCAGCAGGAAGGUGGCAAGAAGAAGAAGCAGGGCGGAGGAGACCAGGGCCUGCAGAGCGGCUUGGAGAACAUGUCCGUCAACGACUCCUAGACCCCGGCACACUCGCUUCACCUCCCUCUCAGACAGAAAUGGAUGCACUAGAGCCUCUUGGUUAGGUAGAUGCUUUGGGGGUGAAGGUGUCCACUGACCUUGCUCUGGGCUCAGCUUUGUGGUUUCCCCCCUCUCUCUGAAUUGGUUAAAGUGUGGAAAAGCACAAACUGACCUCUGAAGUCUGCACUUAAGGUCAUCUUCGCCCUGUCAGGACGAGCGGCUCUGCGCUGUCUGUAUCUGUCUGGAUGGACGGUGACGCUCUCAUUCAUCUCCAGCUUUUCGUCCUCCUUUCUUACCUCCCCCUCAGUUCAAAAAAGGGAUCACUCUGUCGUCUCAGCCACCUCAGAGACUGGCCGCCCGGCCGCUCAGUCUGUCUGUCACUGUCCCCCUCUCUGCAGCGAUACUGAGCCCAAAGCAGACAGAUAAUGUUAGGUCACAUAGAGCAGGCCAGUACUUCAGUAUUCACAAGCAGCAGCUAGAUUUCUCCUGUUUAGUCUCUGUGAGUGGUCGCUUAUGGAAACGAGGCACUGACUGCAUCCAGGUACAAGUUGGUUCCUUUGGGAAUCUUUUGCAUUAAGUCAGGGUUAUGAGCUGCUGAAGGGACUUGGGUGUUUUGUCUAAUGCUGAGCGAAUUACCGUUGGAACUCUUCAAAUUCAUCGGCUUUCAUACUGUACUUUCAUAAUGUCUGCGCUAAGAACAAAAUGCAUCUUUCAUUGAUCAGGCAUAGACGGAUAACUUGAAGUCUAUCCAUUACUGUUAUUAACAGAUAUGUCUUGAAAAUGAACUGGAUUAUUUUAAACUGUCUGUUUUGGGCUUUAAAUAAUCUGUACAUUGCCUUUGACCACAAUCAUCAAUUUCCACCAUCUUUGCUUGACGCCAUUAUUGACUGUAAUGCUGUUCACAUAUGAGUGAAACAUCAACAUGUCUGUAUGUACUUGCUAGUAUAUAAAUAUAUGAAUGAGCAUUGAUUGAGUGGCGCUCACUAUAAACAAUAAAUAUUUUAAAAAUGCA